UGGAUUUUCAUUUUCAUAUUCUUUAUAUUGUGUUAUUUGAUGCUUUUCGACAAGACUUAUAGUUAUAUUAAAGCAUAAUGUUGAUGUCCGAAGCAUUUUUGUUUACUAUUUUUACACAACGACAAAAUAUGAGCCCUCGUUCUCGGAGUUUUUCGAACCUCGGGCUAAAGUGUUAUUAAUAUCGCUGUAAGACAGACACUUUAGUCGAUAUGCCGCUUUGGCGUAAGAAAGACGAUCAAAAGGGAGCGGAGCAGGGGAAAGCAGGUCUAAACUUAUGGUGAUGUCACUCGAGCCUACGAAUGUGGGGUUUUGAAAGGUCUGAUCUAGCAUGUAUAUAAAUACAAACCGAUCUUCCCACAGGUGCUUUCGUCGCUCCUGCUCCUACGACAGUCGAGUCUGGGAAUGCACCAGCGAACAAAGGAGGUCGCGGGAAGGGCAAGUCGCAGAGAGGAGGAGCGAAUAAUCGAAAGCGAAAAAAAGGAGAGCAGACGCAGAGUGGGAAAACUGGCUCGACUGAACAAGAAGGCGACGCUAGGGCGGGAAAGACGAACGGAAAAGCGACUGCCUCGGUAUUUUGCCCGAUGUCUAGGGGCGUACGAUGGCUCUGCCCGAAAACAUAAGUUAAUGAGAAAGGGUUUAUCUUUAUUUCUCAGCUCGAAUCGAUUUCAAUCAGGUAAGAAGCUCGACCUCGGCGAGUAUUCCGCCGCGCAUGCCGACGCUUCUCGAAACGAAUGACCUGGAUGAUAGACCUGUGUCUUGUAGUAACACUAACACGUCAAUCUCAAGCAACAAAAAAAAUUCAAGUAGCCAAAGAUCAAAGCCUCUAGGGCUUCUUGAACAGGCGAUGCUCGAAGACGAGAUCCUCUUAGCGGAAACAGCUGCAAUGCGCCGUGCUAGUGCGGAGUUGACGAUCGAGGGUAGCGACUCGCAUGUUAUCGAAGACGAAAGUGGAAACGUCAUGUUGCCCAAGGAGGCUGCCAUUACGAAUAAGAAAAAAAUGUACGCUCCUAAGUAAGGGGGCAUGAUAUCAUUCGUGAUCGCAUUCGCAGCGAAAUAGAAAAAGUUUCAUUAUUUUUCUGCUUUUUCAGUAGAGCCGUGGUGUCUAAUUAAAAUUGGCCCAUUUCCGAAGGAGGUAGUGCUUGGAGGUCCGUACGCAAUACUUUCGUUGUGCGCGCGGAAAGCAAGGCCAAGGCUGGCAAGCCGAAGGCAUGGUCGCAGAAGGGUGGUGCAAAGGGCAAAUACGAAAACAAAAAUAGUGCCGCAUCGUCGGGCAGGUCUUCCGGAAAUAAUGGCGGCGCAUACACUAGCAGAAAACCAGGUGGAAAGGGGACCCAGGGUGGCAGUGCUACGACACCUUCGAAUUUGCACGAUUCACUUGACAUUCCCGGAAAAAUGAGAGGUAAAUUUGUAAGAACGCAGUUCGAGUACUACCCGGCCGGCGCAGCGCCGUGCUCGCUUUCUUCUUCUGACGAUGGCGAUGCAACAAGUGUGAAGCCGACUCAUGAAGAUGAAGAUGCUGGUAAGACGAGAACCCGACUGCUUGACGAUGAGGAUGAGCAAGACCGGACUUCUACAGCUAGUUGUAAGCCCGAGGACGAGCAGGAGGCAGGUAAAACCAAAGAUGUUAGCGCUUGCGGGAUAAACCCGGAACCAGGCGUAACGUCGUCAGCCUGUGCACUUCUUGUUGAUAUCGAAGCAAAAAUGCAGCAGGCAGACCACGACAAGCGAGAGAAAGGGACCGAAACCAGACAGAUAUCAUGCAAAACUUUCGUUUCGCAGCCAAGCGAACAGGGGACGGUAGUCGCUGUUACUUCAUCUACGCGACACCUUUCUGCUACAAGAAAAGUUGACCAACUACAGAAAAAGACUGAGGCGAGAGCGGCUUUGAGUACUAGGCACGAUGGCUGGAUUCCUUCUGCUGAGUCGCCUCAAGUGGACAUGAGUAUCUGCGUUAUCCCCGAAGAGAGUGAAGAAGACGGCUCUCCACAAGAUUCCGAGGCUGCUACGUCCGAACAAGAGGCAUUAAAAUCUCCCCUGCUUCCUGCCUCAGAGGUCCUCGUUGUGAAAGAAGUAGCAGAGGAGAUGGACACGCCUAAAAAAAAGAACGUGAAGGCCUUGACCCCGACGGCUCCCUCGGAUACUAAAUUUGCUUACAACCGACGAGCACCUUCCGCGAUGGAUUUCAAGUUCAUGGCCGACGCGAUCAUUGGGACUCAGGCGCCUCCAGCCGUGCAGCCUGCAACUGCACCUGGAGGUAAGUCCAUGGAGGGUACUUGAUGUCAACUAUUACUUCAAAUUAAUAUGAGAAAAGGAUUUCUGGUGACACUGGAUGGUGAUUUGCUACGUAAGAAUCUACGUCAUUUUCCUGGUUUAUUUCUCUCUGGAAUAAAGUCCAAUCUGCCUUCACUGUAAAAAUUCUUUUCUUCGUUCUUAAUACACAAAGAAAACGAAUGGCUAUCCGUUUUCACAGGAAUGGCAGCGACAGCUGACGCUCCAGUCACGGCACAGAAGAAAGGCUGUGAGAAAAAAGUCGCGACUGAGGAUGAUUUUCGGGCGUUUUUUGGUGAUUCUGAUAGCGACGAUGAGAGUCCUAUGACUCCUCGCACGACGGUUCCUAAUUCCGCUUUGCUUAGUGAGUCGAGUGGGACUCGAAGUUCCCUGCUAACAUCCGGCAGCAGUGUCUCGGUCCCCCGUCUGAGCGUGUGCGCAUCGGCGUCAAAGGCUACGCCGGCCAAUUCAGCAUCGAAGUGGUCCGCUUGGUCGCCAAUCACGCCCAAGGAAGACCAGGACACGACAUGGAAUGACACGCCAAUGCUGAUAAAUACCCCGCUCACUGGUAUGAACGGAGGCGCUAGCACAAACAGCUUGCUUUCUGGCGAUUUAUUUCAAACAACGGAAGAAGAAGCUGUUGUGAACGAUGAGAUACACACAACUACAUCUUCGACAGAAGUCAAAAACAAUAGCGCUCCAGCAUCAGGUGAUGUGGCAGGAGGUCCUGUCAUAGAUGACGUAGCUGCUCAGCUCCACACGCCGGCGCUCGAUGGGAGUGAUUCGCCUUGCAGCGUGCGCACAUAUAAUGCUGCCACAGGAGUAGAGGACAUCAAGCUAAAGCAGGCAGUUACCGAACAAGAUGUUGCGUCUUCUUGGAAUGAAGUAAAGAGUCCUACCACAGUGGCAGUGACUGAAGUAGAGAACAAUCAGACUGAGGAGGAGACGGCUUCCGAUGAAGUUCCACAACCACCCUCAAUUGACGCAGCAGAUGACAUCGACGAGGUGACCUCGGAAGAGCAAGGUGGAGGCGUUGCGUCAGACCUAACGUACAACGAAGACGGUGAUAAGGUUAAACGUGCGCUAUCAAACGUCGAAGAGGUGAAAACACAAUUCAAUGUGAACGCUCCCGUAUUUGCACCGACCGGUAUGACAUUUGAGGCAUAUCAAAGUGCAGUGGAUGCUGCCACAGACUACUGCCCUAACGGACUUCCUCAUAUGAUAGAAGGAACGGCAACGUUUCCACCUAGCGGAAGUGCAGACGACUUCAACAUGCUGUUGAAUGGCGGCGCACUGGCGUUGAGCAACGCCAGGCUUUAUCUGAUGCCGAGUGCCGAAAAUACCGGCACAUCGGGAGUACCAUCUCUGUUUGGUGGAGCUCCAGCAGCACAACAAGGCUACAAUGUUGAUAGUACCUCCACUUUCCUACGUCUGCAGGUUGAACAGACAUUAGUAGACCAACAGCUCCUCAACAGCUUGGAAGCAGCACCACAGAGCAGUACUAGUGCCUCGAAUAAGGUCAAUAACAUGCUGACAACUGCAGCCAAUGGCAUGUUCGCGUCCGACGCGUUUGCGCUGACACGAGCAGCCUUCAAUCUAGAUGCCUUUAGUGACAGCGGUGACAGCGAUUCUGACCUAGAAGCUCAAGGUUACACACGUUUCGAAGUCAUCCGACGCCCCGUGGCGAAAAGCGCAGACUCGUCAAAUGACGGAGACGCUGAGAAUAUCAACAACAUUGAAUCAUCAACAUCCACUAUAAAGAACAGCAAUGAUUUGCUCGAACAGAAAAAUGACACACCAAACAAAAAUGACGUAAAUAUAACGACUGCCGAUGAAAAUCCUGAGGUGCAUAUUCAGAAAACAAGCGAUGCUCAACAAACUUCAGCACACAUUCGAAUGACGCCGAACAAAGCUGAUUCUCACCAUCAUAUCAACGAAGCGUCCACUAGGCAGCUGUCGAACACACCUCCUUCGUCUAGAACCGAACAGCUGUCUGCCGAGCAAUCCUCCUCCGAGCCGGUUUCUACUAUCUCUGAUCGUUGCGUAAGUCGCAAUGCUAGCCUCGCGUCUGCAUACUGGGACGCUAUCUUAUCUGAGUCGGAAAGCGCGUCUGAGAGUCGCUCAGCUGUGCGUAAACUGUGCGAAUACUAUGCGGACGAUAAUGACAUAGACGCUCUCGUCGCAGACUACCUAGCAUUACCCACAGAAACUGCGGCAGAGAUGGUAACUGGUUGUGAUGAUGUCAAUGAUGUUUUUUCGAUUCCCUAAGGAACGACGUUUACUGCUCGGCAACAUCCUUAUAAAUAUAUAUAAGUAGUAUCAUGCGAAAUCUUCAUAUGAGUCUGAAGCUGAACUUAUUAUUUAUCCCGCUGACUUACUUACUGCAUGCUUACAUGCUUCUAUCACCGUGAUCCAAAGGCUAAGCCGAAACUGUAUCAAUUUCUACAGGUCGCUCAGUUUUUAUGCUUGGGCGCUGGCGACUCGCAAAAAGCGGUCAUGGUCGUGAAAACUAUGCGCGCUUUAGUUCGCGAAAGGGUUCUGCGUUGGGAUCCAGAUAUCAGCGAUGCUUUACACUUUUUCAAAUCGACCUACUUCGAACAGUUUCAACUCGAUAAUCCCAAAGUCUUGGAUUUUGUUGCGGAACUGCAAGGUACAAAUGCGCAUUUUGAAGAAAUUGAAGUUGAUUUUCAUUUACCUUUCAUUGAAGGACGUGGCUCUAGCAGCAGGCACUUGAUGUGCUUGGGAUCACUGUAUAAGCCUUUCUUGAAGUUCAGCGUGCCACAGAUGUCAUAAAAAAGGCUUUAUCUUCAUUCACAACAGAAUUGGGCGCGAUUGAGGAGCAAUUGCUGAACCCACGAGCGAGCAAUAUCGUCGUCGUCCCAAUGCGCGAGCAGGACUCGUUAUCAUUAUCGCAAAGCCCCUCGAAGUCAGAGCCUGACGCUGUUGUUGCCGAGACUGAGAGUCAGGCAGAAAACACUAUGUCCCGAAUAGGCUCACACGAGUCGGUUUGCGCGGUCCUAAGCGCAGCGGCGGAAAAGAAGCGAUACACGGUAUUCUCACCCAGAAAGUGAAUAGGAGAGAAGCUCUAAUUCCAAUAUUGUACAAAUAAGUGAUUUUCAUUUCAAACUUCUUAGACAAACGCUCUCGAAACCUUCAAAUCUCUAUCGGAACAUAGCGCUGCGAGCUUUUGAUUUUCCGGAUACCAUUGUUGGAAACACGAGCAGCUGCUGCGUGGGAUGUGCGCACGUAUGCGGAUCUUCAAAAAGAGACGGGCACGGAAACGUCAACAAGGCGUGCAGACAAUCAUGCUGCAGGUGGAGGAGGCAGAGGACGGGGAGGUAAACACUGGUCCGAGCCCCCAGUGAAGCGUUCCGAAGUUGCGAAAAUCAUGAAACCUAGUGCAACUUCAUGGGUCCGAACGCAGGCGUCUCACGGAGCGGAAAUGUCCAAGGAAGGUACUGAGACUUAUCGUUUUGAGCAACUGCGGCAUCACUGUGGACGAAGUAACCACGAUAGAUUGAAGCCAAACCAAUUGUGGAUUGUUGCUCUCAGGGCAACUAGCCUGGAUUCUUUUUUCCAAGUUAGUUGCACCUGCACCAUAGUCUUCUGGUUCUGACCGUGACAUUGAUGGAUUGCAAUUAAUGUUGUCCCUUCCGACGGUUCACAGAUGCGCAACUUGCUUGGGAGCGGAAGCUGAUGUCUUUGUUGAACAAGAUUACAUUCGAAAAGUUCGAGCCGGUCCUGACGCAGAUAAUGUUAUGUCUCAUGCUCAUGCAUCAUGGAGGGAACAACAGUACUCACACGUAGGUACUUAUGUAGUACUAAGUACAGAUUUCCACAAAUAACUGAAGAUGAGGGAUCAGAAGAGAUGUUAUUGUACUUCUUUCUUUAGGUCACAGGGAGGUCUGUCUUGGUUCUAAUUUCCGAGCUCCUCCAAAAGCUGCCGAAGAUGGAGAUUCCGACGGUGGGAAUACCAAAGUUGAUCAGCAUGUUGUUUCAAAUCGCUACAACGCAACAUCACUUCGUCUCGCUUUACACGCAGUUAUGUCAGCGAAUUCAAGCGUGGCUGGAGCAGAGCGGCCUCGACAAGAAAGGCAAGGAGGGCUCAUUCAAGCGUCAUCUGUUGAAUCAGUGCCAGACCAGCUUCGAGAGUUACCUAAGUCCGGAUUUGAACUUCAAGGACCUUACCGGUGAAGAUCUCUUCGAAGCCCAGGUCAAGUUCAAAACCAAGAUGCUGGGGAAUAUCAAGCUGGUACUCCUGCCUGUGUAGGAUUUUAUUUUCCACUUUUUCGCUGUGCAUGAGCAGCAUGGUCUAGAACAAAGAUUUAUCUACAUCAAAUUUCAUUACCGUUACAUGAUUCGGGCACUUGAGCAUCUCAUUGGAUUUCUCAUUUCAAUUAGGUUGGUGAGUUGAUCCAACAACAGGCUAGACUAGCGGGGAGAAGUCGCCAGGGAAAUCCUAGGCAGAUCGCCGAGUAGAUUCCUAUCGUCAUCAGGUUGGUGAGUUGAUCCGUGCGAAGAUGAUUGCUUCAAGGAUAGCUAUAUGUAUACUUCAAGACCUAGUGGAGAACGGCAGAAGCGAAGGACCCGCAGCAAAUGCGAAUCUGGAGACACUAGCGGCUUUUCUAGAAACCGUCGGGCCGAUUUUGGACAAACCCGAUUGGGCGCAUUGGAAUCACUUUGAUCAUUAAGGCACCAACUGUUGAUCUACAAAGUUUAUUGCCUGCAUGUUGAAAAGGAAAUACUUAUACGUGUCUUCUCAGUCACUCUCUAUGUAGUUGGACGACUGCAAGAACUUUCCACUAUGUAUACUCUUCUUCAUACUCUGACCCUCUGUCUACUUCUAAGUUCCGGCACUCGAGAUCGUAGCAGGAUUAUCACAGACCAAGGCAGUGCCGGCUAGGAUUCGUUGUUUGUUACAGGAUAUUCUUGACUUGCGGGAUAGCGACUGGUUCAAUACAAAAAAGGGAAAGGUACGUGAAAAGGCGACUACGCUAAAAGAGGUGAACCACGCAGCUGCGACUGACACUUCAUCUAACAAAACGAAGACGAGAUCGCCUCAUGGAAAGGUAUCUUGCUUGUUCUUUGCUUCGUGAGUAGAAUAGCGGUCAUCCUCAGAAAGGAAGAUUACCCUUCAUCUCUAGACGUAAAACUUUAGAAUAGACGACUCAAAUCAACCAAUCUUUCCAAGCAAUGAAACAAGAAGGAAGAUAUAGAGUAAGUACUUACGACGUGAAUCCAAUUGCACAAACAUUGAUUAAUACAUACUAGGUGAAGCGAGGAAGCUGCAGCUCGAUAUGGGCAGCGAAUAAGGACCAAGAGUGUGCGCGCAAUGAUCCGCAAAAGGAACUAGAAGGGCUGUUGCACUCGGCGUUUGAGCGCGUUGAGACCGAGGCAAAGACUUCCCUCCGACGAGCCACCGAGUGCCUCCCUUCUUUGGCGCAAUGGUACCCUUCAGUUUCUUUAUAUCAAAUAUAUUACCUGCAAUUAUGGAAUAACUACACUAUGCCAAAAGCGAACAUAGAAAAGGGGUUUUUUAGCCAAAAAACGGACAUAAAUCCCCGGGAUCAGUUGGGCAAUAUUCGUCGCAAAAUGGAAAACUUUCAUUCUGAGACGAACAAGGUACAAAAAAGCGCUUUUUUUGCUAAGAGCCUGGGCGUUAUGUACGUUUUUUGGCUAAGAAACCACUUUUCCAUGUUCGCUUUUGGCAUAGUGUUACUCCGUAGCUGCAAUUUUUAUUAUAUUAAACGCCCCUCCUCUUCCUUAGGUUGUACCUGAUGGAUGUUCGGCUCGAACAUCUUUAAUCGUUUUAGAAUUGACCUGGUUCAUUCUAUACAACACUCCAUUUCGUAGGCAAGCGGUGCUUGUACUACAGGGUUUUGCAUACUUCUGGCAAGGAGCGAACCAUAGACAAUCUUUUAAGUAUCUAUAGUUAAUAUCUAACAAUUAAUUUAGAGCAUCUGGAUAGUGUUGCUUGUAACAGCGGUUCUGCAUACUUCUGGUAAGGAGCGGGCCAUAGUUAAUUUAUGAAAGUAUAAACAUUUCAUUGGCUAACGCAUACCUAUUUUGAAUACAUAGGCGUCGCCGUUUCACACACUUCAGGAGAGUAACCUGUUCUGAUAUCCCACUUUUUUUCGUCGUUUUUCCACUUGCAACUUUAAUAUAUUGAAUGUGAACCAUCUAAUCUUACUAAAAGCCCCCGAUAAAACCUCGUCUGUGUUUGGAGCCUCGGAGAUAAAUGUAUUCGGUCACCUGUCGAGCUGUUACGAGUGCCUUUCGUUCGUUCUCGAGAGAAGCACUUGUGUUGUCAUGGUUUGUAUUUUUAUCUUUCGUGUGGAGUACCGACUUUUGCUUUCGUUCUGUCACUAGGUAAUUGAUUCUACAGCUCUGGCCUGAGACAUGAGUUGUACCUCGCUGAGUUCACUUGUGUGUUUUGAGUCGGUUUGCAGAGUGGUCAAUCGUCGAUCGGUUCCUUCGUGAAUGUUGAUCAUCCAGUCGUUCCUACGAGAAAUUGUGACAUUUGAGGGACAAGUAGUAUCCGGUCACGCGUUGCUUUCUGCCCUUAACUUAUUAUUUAUUUUACCUUGCUUAUCGUUAUCUUAUGUAUUCGAUGGCCUUUUAUAUAAGGCCAUUCCGUUGGAUGCUUGGGGUUGGAUGCGGCUGGCUCUAGAUCCUGGCAUGGUGAACCGGUACCCUUGGACGUGUCAGGAGCGGUGGUCUAGAGUCACUGCGAGCACCCGCCCCCACUGUGCACUUCCACCAGAGUGCCUGGGGGAUGGGGCGAAGGGCUGAAGCAUCUGCCGUUCUUAGUUAUCUUAACGUAUGUAUCCUGAAUCUUUAAUUUGUCCCUUUUCGGCUUUGCUAGUCUUCAGACGGAUACUACGAGCGACGAGUGGUUUGAGAGAGUCUCGUCCAUACACCUCACGACCUGCUCCUUCCCAACAUGCUGUAAGAUCAGGGACGACGACGGACAACUGAAUUGCUUGCAUAUUUACUACAACAAAUCUACUUCAUAAUGUUAUUGUCAAUAGAAUAAAUACAAGUGAUAAAGGGAUGUUGAGAGUGGUCAUUCUUUAUCAUCGACGAUGUUGUAGGCACAAGCUGUAGUUUUUCCCUCGAGCAACGACGUACCUACCAUGGAAAAUCAACCAAAGAACAUACAAUGCAAAUAUUUUUACCAUGAAUAAUACCAGUUUUGCGGCGAUGUACAAGCGAUUGACCCCGUCCGAAAGUGGUGCUAUUGACCUCGUCGCGCACUUGCUCCAGAAAAUCAUGAAGUAUGAGCAGAGAUCAAUGCGGGAGCUGUUUUAUCGCUUUCUAUGUAAGCUCUGUCUAGCCGGCAUUUUUUCGAAGCGCAAGUCGCAUGACGAGCUAGUCAACCGUGCAAUGGAUCGAGCGGGAUUCGUCGACGAUGCCUUAGCGAAAAUAGAGGAAGAAUUCUACCCCAUCUUGGACGAGUGUUUCUAUAACUAUGUAGAAACUUCGGGGGCAGCGGAGAAUGGUGGAGGGAACUGAAGAUGAAGUCGAUCAGAUCCAUCACCGUCAGAAGUUGCAUCUGUUCAUUUUCCAAUGGGUCCGUAGACCAUGCAGUGGCUUCGGAUCUUGCUGUUUUUACAGCUUGUUUAGUCUUAAAAACCAUAGAUACAAUCUCGAGGUUGGAGUACAACACAUAGAAAAUUGUACAAAAGAUUGAAAUUGCCCUUGAUGUUCUCGUGGUUGUUUCAAAUAAAUAUAGCUUUUUUUACGAAGUAAGACAAACAAUAGUGGC